CCUGCCAAGAGAUGAGAUGGGCACGUGGUAGCGCGGCGUCUACGCGUUAUUGCUGCCGCGUCUGCCUUUAUCUUGCUACCGCUAACACAAUCGCACUUCACCUCUUGGCUUUGAGAGCCUUUAACAGGUACUUCGUAUCACGAACCUGCAUGUUCCUACAUCUACACUUUACAGUACUUCUGUCUUUGUCUCACAGACUCCAUCGAAGCCAUGGCGAAAAGAAAGGCCGCCAAAGCUGCUACGAGCACCGCUUCCAGUCCGGCGGAGGCGGAUUACUCCCACGAGGGCAUCGACACCGGCGCAAAUUACAAGAUAGAUAGGGACCCUUCCUGGACCCCAGUUGAUCCUGAGAAGGACUUCAUUAGCCGCCUACCACCAGAGAUUCUGGACCGCAUAGUUUCUCUCUGCGUUCUGGACUUUGACGCCGAACGUGUGAUCAACGCGACCAAAAAGCCGCAUGUGCUUCUCGCUCUUGCUACUAUGUCGAACACCUUUCACGAUGUGGUGGAGAGCUUCUGCCUGCGCCAGCUAAACCUCCAUAGAGAAAGGUCUGGCUUCACAAGUGUCAUAGCCACCACAGAAGCUAAAGCUACUCGCCGUUCCGUGAGGUUGGCUACACAGCCGCAGAAGUUUCCAAGGGUUUAUCGACAGGAGUACCUUGAGUACGUCCGCACCCACUGCGUAGUUUGUGAUGGUUACCAACACCACCGUGGCACGAUCUACAACCAAGUCGCCUGCUGCGGUCUUUGCGAGCAACGCGCGUUCGGCUGCAUCAUUAAUCUGACCACAGCCCUGCAAGAGUACGACUUACGAGACUACAUGCUCAUUCCAACACGCCAUCCAGGUCCACGGUCAAAGGACAAGGUCAAAGGUUUGCCAACUAUACCGUAUGGCACAGCAAACGCCGGGACAACCAUCAUCCUUGGACAUUGCAUUUCGUACAAGUUCUUCAAGCGGGACGUAGAGCAGGUUGCUCGCCUGCUGCACGGCGACUUGACCUCUCAUAUGCGGCAGAAACGCAAAGCGCGGAAGCAGCGCAAACUCCAGAAAGUCGCCCAAAACAAGCGUGAGAUGAAGAUUCGCUACCACGAGGACGCUAUGAAGGAACAGGAGGCCCCGGCGAGGAAAGAGCAUCAUCGCGAGCGCCUCGAGCACUACAAGGCUCUCGACGAAGACGGUGACUACUUGUCAGACGACCUCAGCGACUCCGGCUAUGGACACUAUGCCGACGUGCAUAGGAGAAUCUGCAAGCGGCUCAAAUGCGGACGCUGCGAGACUCACAAGUUAGCGAAGCACUACGACAAGUAUGGCAUGUACUACAUUUACGAAGAUAUGUACGAAGACAUUCACGACUACUGGUAAUGCGCUACCAGCGUACUUGUGUGAACGAAUGAUACUGCGUGGGAGCGUUAAUGAGCGG